UCUCUCUCUAGGAAUCCAAACGUUUCUUCAAUCCAACGGUUUCCGUCCCACUUUCACUUUGCAUCCACACCCUCUGUCUCUUCGUCUUCCUUCUCCUCAUUCCUUCCUUCCUUUUGUUGUUCUUUCUUUGUUCUUCUGUUGUACUCUUGUUCAAGUGAUUCUGUAGAGAGAGCCGCUGCUGUGCUGGAGGAACAGGAAGAAAGAUAUUUUGAUGGUUUUGUGCCCAAAGGAAGCUAGGAAUCACAUAAGCAGAUCUGCCGUUAUUUUUAUCUCUAAUUCACAGCCCAUUGUAGAAAGGGUGAUAGGCAUUCAGCAAGGUUUGAGAGCGCCUCGGCCUUUGCAACACAGAGAUGGCUACACUUUCUGACAUAGGGCUUUCAGCAGCUAUCAAUAUCCUCACGGCAAUUGCAUUUCUUCUUGCAUUUGCUGUACUAAGGCUGCAGCCAAUCAAUGAUAGAGUUUACUUUCCAAAAUGGUACCUCAAGGGUUUACGAGUCAGUCCGACAAGUUCUGGAAUGCUUGUUAGCAAGUUUGUCAAUUUGGACCUGAAAUCAUACUUGAAAUUUUUAAAUUGGAUGCCAGAAGCAUUGAGAAUGCCAGAACCUGAACUGAUUGACCAUGCAGGACUUGAUUCUGCAGUUUACCUGAGAAUUUAUCUGGUUGGCCUUAAAAUUUUUGUUCCUAUAAUGCUUUUUUCUCUUGCAAUCCUCAUCCCUGUGAACCGGACAGAUCAUUCAAUAGCGCCUGGCAAAAAUGGCACAUUUAGUGAAGUUGACAAGUAUUCAAUUUCCAAUGUCGAGCAUAAAUCAGACAGGUUUUGGUCUCAUUUAGUAAUGGCAUAUGCAUUUACGUUUUGGACAUGUCGUGUACUGCUGAAGGAGUAUGAGAAAGUUGCAACAAUGAGAUUGCAUUUUCUUGCAUCUGAAAAACGCCGUCCAGAUCAAUUUACUGUUCUUGUACGCAAUAUACCUUCAGACCCUGAUGAGACAGUCAGCGAACAUGUUGAUCAUUUUUUUCGUGUAAAUCAUCCUGAUCAUUAUCUCACUCACCAGGUUGUCUAUGAUGCAAAUAAGCUUUACAAAUUGGUUAAGAAGAAAAAAGGCCUCCAAAACUGGCUGGUUUAUAACCAGAACAAGUAUGAGAGAAAUCCAGAAAAGCGUCCAAUGAGAAAGACUGGAUUCUUGGGGCUUUGGGGAGAGAGAGUUGAUGCAAUUGAUUAUUACACAGCAAAAAUUAGCAAGAUUUCAGAAGAAGAGGCUAAGGAACGGGAGAAGAUAAUGAACAACGAAAAAUGUAUUAUGCCAGUUGCUUUUGUGUCCUUUAGAAGUCGUUGGGGCGCUGCUGUCUGUGCACAAACACAACAAACUAGAAAUCCCACAGUCUGGUUGACCGAGUGGGCUCCUGAGCCUAGAGAUGUUUACUGGAAUAAUUUACCAAUUCCAUAUGUUUCUCUUGCUAUCAGGAAGCUUAUUGUGGCUGUUGCAUUUUUCUUUCUUACCUUUUUCUUUAUGAUACCAAUAGCAUUUGUACAGUCACUAGCCAACAUCGAGGGUAUUGAGAAAGCAGCACCUUUCUUGAAGGCUAUCAUAGAAAUCAAAAUUAUCAAGUCCUUCAUUCAGGGUGUUCUUCCUGGAAUUGCUCUGAAGAUUUUCCUCAUCUUUUUGCCUGCAAUAUUGAUGGUGAUGUCUAAGUUUGAGGGUUAUAUUGCUCGAUCUGUUCUAGAAAGAAGAGCUGCAGCCAAAUACUACAUUUUCCAGCUUAUAAAUGUGUUUCUUGGGAGUAUAAUCACAGGCACCGCUUUUCAACAGCUGCAUUACUUUAUGAAGCAGUCUGCGAAUGAUAUUCCUCGACUAAUUGGUGAGACCAUCCCUUCGAAAGCAACUUUUUUCAUUACUUAUAUUAUGGUUGAUGGUUGGGCUGGAAUUGCUGGGGAAAUUCUCAGGCUAAGGCCAUUGAUUAUAUAUCAUAUCAAGAACUUUUUCUUGGUGAAGACUGAGAAGGACAGGGAAGAGGCCAUGGAUGCAGGAAGUAUAGGUUUCAAUACUUCAGAACCUCAAAUUCAGCUAUAUUUCUUACUUGGUCUUGUUUACUGCGUGGUCACUCCUAUCCUACUUCCAUUUAUUGUGGUCUUUUUUGCCUUUGCAUUCACCGUGUAUCGUCAUCAGAUUAUAAAUGUGUACAAUCAGGAGUAUGAGAGUGCAGCAGCUUUCUGGCCAGCUGUCCACAGUCGAAUUAUUACGAACUUGAUAAUUUCACAAGUGCUUCUGAUGGGGUUAAUGAGUACAAAAGCUGCUGCUCAAGCAGGUCCUUUUCUCAUUGCUCUGCCAAUUUUGACUUUUUGGUUCCAUAGAUUCUGCAAGGGACGUUACGAAGCUGCAUUUGUCAAAUUUCCACUGCAGGAAGCUAUGAUAAAAGACACAUUGGAGCGUACAACUGAACCAGGCUUGAACUUGAAAGGUUACCUUCAGGCCGCUUACAUCCAUCCUGUGUUCAAGGACGACGAAGAUGAUGAUGCAGUCUCAGGAGUAGUGCAUGAGCCAGAAGACACACUGGUACCCACCAAGCGUCAAUCAAGGAGAAACACACCACUGCCAAGCAAAUACAGUUCUUCAUCGUCGUCUCUUCUAGAUGUUCAUGAGCAACCAUAAGUUGUACAUCGUUCCAAUAAAAUUCACAUCAAUGUGCAUAUUUGAUGUAUCGUCACACUUAUUUUGUGUUUGGAAGUUGGGUGAGAGCGAUUCAAAAUUUCCACCGCAUCAAUGAAGUUGCUGGACGGUGUACAUGAGAGGUCUCUGCCUCCCGGCUGUAAGAAAAACGUUGUAUUCUGUACCAUAUCAAACUGAAGGUGGUAAUGGUUAAAAGGCAGCUUUUUUUUUA